GGCGUAGUCCCUCCCUCCGUCCGCCCCCAGUGGCUGCCGGGCGCCCGCGCGGUUUCUUCAUUGGCGGCGGUUCUGCCUGCCAGGCUACGCUGCAUCCUACGGUGCGCGGCCGCGGCUGAGCGUCGGCGGCGGGCCGCGGUCUGUCAUGGAGGCGCUGGAACGGGGACGGCGGGCGGCGGGAGCGUCCGCGUGAAAGCGGUGGUGGCGGUGGUCCCGCGGGAAGAUCUGUCAAGGAGAGUCGGUGAUUGGUCUGGACCUCGCUCACGGACUUCAUGUUGUCCCGUGUAGGUAAAACCGACCCGAGAGAAAUUUGGGGGCUCGCUGUUGAGCGGUUGUGCUGCCGGGAGAUUCGUGACUGAAAGAAGCGGGCGUGCAUCUGCCCGGAGCUGGAGAGGCGGCAGGCUAGAUGGAUCUAAAGACAGCGGUGUUCAAUGCAGCUCGUGAAGGCAAGCUGCGGCUCCUUUCCAAGUUACUGGCAAGCAAAACAAAAGAAGAGGUGGCCUUACUGAUGUCAGAAAAAACCGAUGGUGCCACACCACUUCUGGUGGCAGCCCGUUAUGGUCACCUUGACAUGGUGGAGUACUUGUUGGACCAUUGCUCUGCAUCCAUAGAAGUUGGCGGUUCGGUGAGUUUUGAUGGAGAGACCAUUGAGGGAGCACCACCGCUUUGGGCAGCGUCCGCUGCCGGCCACUUAAACGUGGUUCAGUCCCUGUUGGAUCGUGGUGCUUCAGUCAACAACACAACUCUGACAAAUUCAACGCCCCUCAGAGCUGCCUGUUUCGAUGGCCACUUGGAGAUAGUGAAGUACCUUGUGGAGCACAAAGCAGACCUGGAAGUAUCAAACCGGCAUGGGCACACAUGCUUGAUGAUUUCCUGUUACAAAGGCCACAAAGAAAUUGCUCAGUAUUUACUUGAAAAAGGAGCUGAUGUUAACAGAAAAAGUGUUAAAGGAAACACCGCAUUACAUGAUUGCGCAGAAUCUGGAAGUUUGGAGAUCAUGAAGAUGCUUCUCAAGUACUGUGCUAAAAUGGAAAAGGAUGGUUAUGGAAUGACUCCACUUCUGUCAGCUAGUGUGACGGGCCACACAAAUAUUGUGGACUUUCUGACCCAGCAUGUGCAAACCAGUAAGGCUGAGUGCAUAAAUGCUCUGGAACUUCUAGGAGCAACGUUUGUUGACAAAAAGAGAGAUCUUCUUGGUGCUUUGAAGUACUGGAAGCGAGCUAUGGAAAUGAGAUACAGUGAUAGAACUAAUAUCCUGAGCAAGCCAGUGCCACAAACACUAAUUAUGGCUUAUGCUUAUGCUAAAGAGGUAAACAGCUCAGAAGAGCUAGAAAAUCUUAUUGCUGACCCUGAUGAGAUGAGAAUGCAAGCUCUAUUAAUUAGAGAACGUAUUCUUGGCCCAUCUCACCCAGAUACAUCCUACUAUAUUAGAUACAGAGGUGCUGUCUAUGCGGACUCUGGAAACUUUAAGCGUUGCAUCAACUUGUGGAAAUACGCGUUGGACAUGCAGCAGAGCAAUCUAGAUCCGCUGAGCCCUAUGACAUCCAGCAGUUUACUGUCAUUUGCUGAACUUUUCUCCUUCAUGCUGCAGGAUAGGGCGAAAGGCCUACUAGGCACUACUGUUACAUUUGAGGAUCUGAUGGGUAUACUGUGUAAAAGUGUUCUUGAAAUAGAGCGGGCCAUGAAACAAAUCCAGUGUCCUCCUGAUCCAAUACAACUAAACAAAGCCCUUGCCAUCAUUUUGCAUUUAAUUUGCUUGUUGGAGAAGGUACCUUGCAGUUCAGAACAGGAGUAUUUUAAGAAACAGACUAUUUAUAAGUUUCUUAAGCUUCAGCCUAGAGGGAAGAAUAAUUUCAGUCCACUUCACCUUGCUGUUGACAGUAGUACUACAUGUGUGGGUCGCUACCCAGUUUGUAAAUUCCCUUCUCUACAAGUUACUGCUAUCUUGGUGGAAUGUGGUGCUGAUGUAAAUGUCAGAGACUCUGACAACAAUAGUCCAUUGCACAUUGCUGCACUGAACAAUCAUCCAGACAUCAUGAAUUUUCUCAUUAAUUCAGGUUCACACUUUGAUGCCACAAACUCACGUGGAAAAACUGCUAGUGAUUUGCUGGAUGAUAAAGAAAUAGCCAAAAACUUAAUCCAGCCCAUAAAUCAUAUUACAUUGCAGUGUCUUGCUGCUCGUGUUGUAGUGAAUCGUAACAUAUACUAUUCAGGCCACAUCCCUGAAAAACUAGAGAACUUUAUUUUGCUCCAUAGAUGAUAGUAUGAAAUCCCAGAGCACUGUUUUAUCUGAAGCACGACUAGGUGACAAUGUUUUGCUUUGAACAAUGUUGUGAUACACCAGCAUUCUCUUAGCUUGCUCCAUCUUGCUUUCAUUAGCUAAAGCAUUGUUAGCAUCAGUUUGGCGGAGUUGGUUACCUGGUAUUUAAUGUAUGCCAUAUAAUAUAUUUUGUGAGUUAAUUAGAAAUGAAAUGCCAUAUUUAGACUCUUAAAACUGUUUGCCAAAGGCUUGUCUAUUCUGGUCUUAAUUGCCUGAUGGCUCUUUGGAACUGAGUUGAGUGUUUUCCACUGAAGUCUUAUACUAUAACUGUCAUAUGGAUUUUAUACAGUUGGAAGGUCAUCUUUGUUUUUCUUUUUCUUGAGCAUUUUUACUCUCUUCUUUUUUAUGGACUCACUGCUAAAGUGUUUAAGUUGAAUGGACUUGUUAACAUUUGCAACUACCAUAAGUGCUUUUAUCUUUUCUAUGCACUGGUUGAGUUACGACUGUUGCGUGUGAGCAUACUUCUAUGCAGCACUUGGCCAAUUUUGAACUAAAUGUAGAUUUCAUUUUGCAGUUUGUUUUGGAGAUUUUCUGAGAAUGCUGGCUUCAUAGCAUGAUACAUUUUGAAACUAUUUACCAGUUCUCCACACCUGGAUUUUACUUCUCUGAGUGCUGUAACUGCGGUUUCUUUCCUAUUGAUCCUCAGGAGAUUUAAGCUAAGUUUAGGAGAAGAAAAUCUUUCACAUGAUAAUUCCCCUGAACUUUAAAUCUGAAAAUCAUUCUGUUGCAUCAUACAGUUAGUGGGAGGGUUCUCAUUAUAUACAGCUAACACCUUGCCCUUUGCAGUCAUGUCUUGCUUGUGCUGGUUAUGUGACUAGAUAUGAAGUUUGUUCAAAGUUUAACUUCAGACUUAACGAUACACUUUAAUGAGAAGUAGAUCAAACGAAUGCUGUAGUUUAAAUUUACAAAUCAACUUUAGCUACAAAAGCAACUAAAGCAUGUUGGUGGCAUGACGCUUAUCAGUCCAGAUCUAGACAUCAAUUAACAUUAUUUUGACUGUGUGGCUGUAUGGCAAAGUAUUGGAAGUUCUAUAGAGGUGUCCCUUUUUUUCAUUUUGAAUAUCUUUACGAAUACUUGCAUGUUCUUUUCUCUAGUGUGUCGGCUAUACUUAAAAAAAAAAAAAAAAAAAAAAAAAA